UCUUCUUCUUUCUUCUUCCCUUCAAUAGAUUCGAACUCCUUUCUUCUUCUCAUUGAUUCCAACAUUGAAUCAAAGAGUUCUUCCUUGUCUUAGCUUGUUGAAACCCAAACUCUCAAUUCCGAAAUCGAAUCAGUUAGUGUUGCUUCGUCCUCCCUUGUCUUCGAUUCCGAAUCCAAACACAAACUCAUCGAUUUGCAUAUGGGUCUUCUUUGUCCGCCAUAGCUGGCCACAGAUUGAGCUUUAUAUUGUCGAUUUCGAAGUGGGUUUUACGGAUUUUGGGCAACGCAGCGAUUGAUAUAAAGCAACCAAAGAGAUCUGAGGCAACCCUUCUCUCCUCUAGUUAGUGUGUAUCAGAACGUGACUGAGGAAGCUUAAAAGAAGAUAACUUUACAGAUUUUGGUUAGUGUUUUCCUGAGGCUGAGGUUGAGGUUCGAUCUCAUCAAGAAAGCUGAGGUUUGUGUUUGAUGUUUGAUGUUUGAAGUAUCAUUGUGCUUUUGUUUGAAAGCUCUUGCCUUGUCUUUUGCUAUCAGGAAUCUUCCUUUGUUUCAUUUAUGAUAUUCUUUUGUUGAUUUUGCUAUCAGGAAUCUUGUCUUUUCUUUUGUCUUUGAUGCUUUGUUUUUACAAUCUUGCUUUUAGACCAUUCAUCUGCAGCUUAGACCUCAGUUUUUAAUGCCUUUUUUCCACAGCUUUAAUUGACACUGGUCGUCUUUGUUUCAUGAUGGGGCUGAGUGAAUUGUUUUAUUUACAUCUGAUAUGAGCCUUUGCUUUGCUUCCAUUGAUGCUUGUUUAGUUUAUUCUGUUUCGUUUUUGUGAGAGAUCAUAGCAAGAUCAUAGUUAAUGCUGUUCCUGCUUCUUCUUUUUGUAUUUCUUCACCGUGCAUAUAUUUUUUGUGCUAAUGGAACAGGAUGAGUUUAUUUAUUGCAGUACCUUUGCAAGUCAUGUGGGUUCUGUAGUGGUUGUGCUAGUGAACAGAGACACUGUCUUGAGAAUUAUUCUUAACAAGGCAUAGACUUGAUAUUACUUAUUUACUUCAAACUUUGUUUUUGAUGUGUAUUGCCUUGGUACGUGAUUUAUAUAUGUACGUGAUACUUAUUAUAGCAGAAUGUGUACAUGUAUUCCUUGGUACGUGUUAGUUUUGUAUUCUUCUUUCUUAGAGUGAAUUUUUUCAGAUUUUGAGCUCAUCUUUGGUUUUGUUAGAUUUCUCUUUAGUUAUUGACCUCUAUUGUGCAUAAUGUAUAAUGUACGGAACCAAAGGCGUGUUUUAUGUGUUAUCAUAGCUACAUUAUACAUCUGGCACGACCUAAGAGACAGAUUUUGUUGUACACCAAGUGUUCGACGAAUUUCGCCAUCGAGGCUUAUGGAGGAAAAAGACUGGGAAGCUUCCUCUUCGAGCGAAAACGAAGCUGGUUUUCCAAACGAUGAUGACGACGACGAGUUUCAUUCUGGUGGUUCAGAGCCCAGGUUACAGUUCAGGUGGAUAAAAAGUAGGAUCUUCCAAGGCUCGUUGGAUUGCCGAAUUAGGAAUGGCUGAAGUUGAGGUCAAAAGAGGAAAACUUUGGACAACUACUGGAAUCAUUCGUAGUGGAAAGACAUAUUGCUUCAUCGAAGAGGCUCUGUAUUUGAGUGAAAUAGGAGAGUUGCAGAUCUUAGGUAGUGAAGAUGAUGUUGUGAUAACGUUAAAGGACUUGUAUGAGAAUAUUGCAGAGGAAAAAAGCGGUUGCUGUUGGGAAAACUACGAGGUUUAUAGAUACUUAAAGAGUCUAGGCUACAUCCUCGGCAGGCAUGGAGUUUCUUGGACGUCAAAGAAUGCUGCGAUUUCGACACCAAGUGGUCAAGAAGAGUCUGUUUGCUCCGGUGAAUGUCCUCAAGAGAAGGAUACUAUAACUCAACUCUUGGUAGAUAUGCAAAUCUUUGAUGCAAAAGCGGUGUAUGACGUGUAUUUGCCGAAUAGUCGGUUCAAGAAGUCUUCUCCUAAUGAACCGAGCUUUGUGGCUUGCUUCUCGGGGGACUCUCCACCAAGCAAAGAAGAUAUUAAAGUUCUGCGAAACCGCAUAGCUGCACCAUUAAUGUUCUGUCAUAUCGCUCAGGGCCGCGCCAGUUUCUUUUCCUUCAGCUCCAUAGACCUCCCUGUCUUACCAUAAAAUGUAACAGAAGACUCAACGAUCUUGUAUUCUUUAGACAAAGUCACUAAACAAAGUAACUUUGAUGAUGCUGAUAUACUAUAUUAGCCCUGGGCACGAAGCGAAUAUUCGGAAAAUUUGUGAUAUUUGUUAUUUGCUUCGCCUCGACGGAAUAGUUGAUUUUACUA